CAGGCCAGGCCAAGCCAGUGUGCGUGCAAGUCGGUGCUCGGCUUUUGUGUUGUCAGUUGUUACUUGACCUAGGUCUUGUCUACAACUACCCUUCAAGUCUCGCUCUUUUGCUUUGUGUGUUAGGCAUGAUUUGCUUGUUCGAUCUCGUCCAGUCGUCGCGUAGUGCGAAAUGGCUCCGACGCCUCCCGUGCCAUCUGCGCCGACGAGACGCGGCAAUUACAAGACUCUGAUGAUGGCGAAGAAAGCAACCAUUAUUCGUCAGAUGGAAAGUGGCCAACCUCAGUGCGAAGUUGCUCGGGAGUUCUCCAUUUCGAAGCAAACCGUCUCCGACUACCUGAAGAAGCGGAAGAUCCUGGAGGCAGCGGAAAAAGUGUCUGCGGGGAAGCAGAAAAAUUUCCCGUCUGACAGUUGUCGUGGGAGGCAACAUGUCAGGAACGGAGAAGCUUGCACUCCUCGUUACAGGAAAAUGAAAACAUCCUAGAUGUUUUAAAGGGGUCAAGACGCUGCCUGUCUGGUACGAGGCAAACUCGAAGGCCUGGAUCACCCAGGCUCUUUUCGAGAAGUACAUCCGGAAGCUUGAUCGAAAAUACGAGCUUCAAAACCGCAAGGUGCUCAUGUUCAUCGACAACUGCGGUGCCCACGGGAACAUAACCAACCUGAAGGCAAUUUACCUAGAGUUUUUGCCGCCAAAUACAACCAGUGUGUUGCAGCCUAUAGACCAGGGCGUGAUUACAAACUUGAAGGUUCACUAUCAAUUGCGCCUUUUCAAUCGCGUGCUCUUGUGUGUGGACUGCGGCAAGAACUACGUUGUGGAUGUGCUGUCGGCCAUCGGCAUCCUGUCUGAUGCCUGGAAGGCAGUGACGGUGGACACAAUCUGCAACUGCUUUCACCAUGCAGGAUUUGUCCUUGAUGAUGAGGACACUGCCACAGGCCACGACCCCGCGGCUGAGCUGUCGCCUGACACGAACAUUAUCGACGACCUCCAUGCCAGUGGGGUCGAUAUCCCCGCUGUUACAUUUGAACAGUUUGCUAACUUGGACAGUGCCGUCCUGCCCUGUGCCGAGUUAGAUGAUGAGGAGAUCGUCCGUCAGGUUCUGGAGCCGCCGCAAGUGGACAGCGACUCCGAUGACGACGCACCGCCCACACCACAGCCAUCGAGUGCAGACUUGGCGCAGGCCUUGAUGACGCUCUUCUCUGUCUAUAGCGAUAGCCUGACACUGUCAGAAAUACAGGCUGACCUGAUCGCGCGUAAGCGUGCACCUGUACAGUCGCGCAUUGACAAUUUUUUCCGUCCACUGGGACCAUAAAGGUACUUUUUUCUGGCGAAUCUUUUUUUUCGGACCCUCGAUUAUUCGGAUUUUUCGGCGGUUCCCGUCGAGUCCGAAUAAACGGUCGGCGGCUGUAAUCGAUUUGAGGC